AUGGAGGAUGCAGAGAAGAUGGAGUUAGUGAUUGCCAUCUUUGCUUCAGUCUUUACUGCUAAGUCUUUACCACAGGAGUCCCAGACCCUAGAGAUAGAAACAGUUCAGGUGUUUCUCUUGACAGCAUUGGCACAUGGAGACAGGAGUGGGCCCCAGUUCUGCAUCUCCAUUCAGUACUCUGCUGGGAAGAGAGUAGCAAAAAUAAAGCUCAAGUAUCUCCACAAAGUGGAGGUCACCACCACCACCACCUCUUUCAGUUACGAUGACAGAGAAAAUGAUCUCUUUCUCUGCGACACCAAUACCUGUAAAUUUGAUGGGGAAUGUUUAAGGAUUGGAGACAGUGUGACUUGUGUCUGUCAGUUCAAGUGUAACAAUGACUACGUGCCCGUGUGCGGCUCCAACGGCGACACCUACCAGAACGAAUGCUACUUGAAACAGGCUGCCUGCAAGCAACAGAGCGAAAUACUUCUGGUGUCCGAAGGAUCAUGUGCAACUGAUGCCGGCUCAGGAUCUGGGGAUGGAGUCAAUGAAGGCUCAGGUGAAACCAAUCAAAAAGAGACAUCGACCUGUGACAUUUGCCAGUUUGGGGCAGAGUGUGACGAAGAUGCAGAGGAUGUUUGGUGUGUGUGCAACAUUGACUGUUCUCAAACCAACUUCAAUCCUCUUUGUGCUUCCGAUGGGAAAUCUUAUGAUAAUGCAUGUCAAAUCAAAGAGGCAUCAUGCCAGAAACAGGAGAAAAUUGAAGUCAUGUCUUUGGGUCGAUGUCAAGAUAAUACCACAACAACUACAAAAUCGGAAGAUGGGCAUUACGCAAGAACAGAUUAUGCAGAGAAUGCAAAUAAACUGGAAGAAAGCGCGAGAGGGAUCUACAUCCCUUGUCCAGAGCAUUACAAUGGCUUCUGCAUGCACGGCAAGUGUGAGCACUCCACUAACAUGCUGGAACCGUCUUGCAGAUGUGAUGCCGGCUAUACUGGACAACACUGUGAAAAAAAGGACUACAGCGUUUUAUAUGUGGUUCCAGGUCCAGUACGAUUUCAGUACGUCUUAAUAGCAGCUGUGAUUGGAACCAUCCAGAUUGCUAUCAUCUGUGUUGUAGUCCUCUGUAUUACAAGGAAAUGUCCCAGGAGCAACAGAAUCCACAGACAGAAGCAAAACACAGGGCACUACAGUUCAGACAACACAACAAGAGCAUCGACAAGUUCUAGUGGCAAUUUUGAGUCUACUGAACUCAGUAGUAGGGUUUUGAGUUGGUCCAAGAUCAGCGACAAUUAUGGAUGUGGGAAAGGUGAAGAAUAAUUUAACCUACAUUGAGGAGGGAUAAAAUAUUUCAGAUCCGGAGUCAACUACAUUUCAUCAGCCGCCUUCUCCCAUACCAUCUAUCUUUACUCUCCCAUAGCUUAGGAAGUCUUUGCCUUCUAAAUUAAAUCCUAACCGAAGGGGAAAUGGAAAUUCUCGGUAACCACAGUGGGAGUGUCGGGGGUAAUGUUUCAAUUUGGGAGGGAAUUAGGUGUCUGUCAAGGUGAACCCUACAAGAACGCUUUGCAGCAUCUCCAACUCUGGUCACUGGAGUGAGUGAAAAUUGCUUCUUACUGUUGAUUGAAAAUUAUUAGGUUAAAAAAGUUAAUAACAUAAUAACAGCUGAAAUGCCAGCACCAUUUGUACCUCGUGAACAUGCUGAUAUAAUUUAUUUUUUCAAAGAGAAGGUGAAAACCACUCAGAAAAUACCUUAUGAAUAACUUUAUGGGUGACCCUACUCCAUUAAAUGUAAUGAACUCAAAUGUUGGCUAUACCUCAGGAAAAUAAGGGCAUGUGUUUUGUCACAUCCACAUGAUGGACAA